AUCUUUCCAGUACUGAGUUUGCUUUAGCCUGUCUGGAUUGCCAGGUAGAUGGGGUUUGGACUUUCCAUUGGUUCUGUUGCAACCGGAGUUCAAUCAAGCAAAGCUGUAGUACGGGAAGUGAUUUUGAGUAACAUUUGAACCUUCACUUCAGUCAGAUGCGUAGAGCCAUUCAGUCACUUCACUUAUUUUGCCAUCCCACGAUGACAAUCACGAGUGUAACCGGAGUAAGAGCAGUUGAAUGGCACUAUGCCCAGCUUUUUUUGGGUGGAUCCAUUCAAGACCAUGGGACCCACAAGGAAAACCCUGCAAGUCCUCCAGCCUUCUGCAGUCAAUAACAACCUAGGCAAAGUAAUACCGACAGGAAAGGUUUCCAGAAAGAAAUUGUGGAACGCAGAACAAGUGAAGGGCUCAAAGAGGGUGAAGGCUGAAGUUGCUGUCACAUCACCAAAAGCAGAGAAUGACAAACGACCCGACGGCAUUACCAAGGAGACCUACGAGCUGAUGGUCAAAGAAACCCCUCCCUCUUCCUACUGGAAAGAGGUAGCUGAGGAGAGACGUAAAGCGCUCUACAAUGUGCUCCAGGAGAAUGAGAAGUUGCACAAAAGCAUCGAGGCCAAGGAUGAGCAGAUAGCCCAGCUGAAGACUGAGAAUGAUGAGCUUCAGGAACUGGUCCAACAUGUACAGCACAUGGCUGACAUGGUAGAGCGGUUAACUGGAAAGAGUCCGGAAAGUCCAGAGGACCUGCGAGAGAUUGCGCUUUGUGCCGAGGACGAUUUUGAGGGACGACAAGAAUCUGAUGAAAAUGGCCCCAGUACCAGCAGUGAUUUCACACCCAGGUCUGUCUUUGAGGAGGAUGUCACAGAACAAAAGGAAGAUUAACCCUCGGGGGAGGAUGAUUGACUGAAUGUACUGGUGAAAUCCUUCAGGCCACGCCUGUGCUUCUCACUUAACAGUCUGGCAUUGAUGCCUGUUACUUUAUAUUUUUUCUUUGCUUAACACCUGAGGUACUUGUGCAAGAUUUUUACUUUCACCAUACCCUUUUUACAACGUGGCUAUGAAAAGAGGCAGUUCCCUAGUUUAUAUUUUUCUUUGCUUUUGACUUUUUAAAUGGCAUUUGUUAUAGGAUUUUGUUAUAGUGCAGUUUUAAUGCACUCUGUACAUAUGCUUCAGGACUGUCCUAUGACAUAAACACCUUUAUUUUUUUAUUGAUCACUUACAUUUUAAUUCCUCAAACCAGUGUGAUGUCAGUUAGCCUAUUUGAUGUAACCCUAAAAGGCAUCUGAAUUACGUUUGAAGAGCCAUAGUGUGUCUCCGCAACCUGCACCGGGUGUUGUAACUCCCUGUGGUGCCUUACAUCCUAUUAUAUACUGGGUGGUUCGAGCCGCCGUGGUAUACCAGUCACCGCCCUAUCCCAUCUGGACCGGAGGAAUGCUGUUCGUUGACUACAGCUCAGCAUUCAACACAUAGCACCGACAAACUGAAAUGGUCCAUGUACAGUGUGGCAAAGUGCAACAGUGCCUCUUCAACCUCCAGGAGGCUGAAAAAAAAUUGUCACCGAAAACUCGCACCAACUUUUACAGGUGCGCAAUUGGGAGCAUCCUGUCAGGCUGUAUCAUGUCCUGGUAUGGCAACUGCAACGCCCACAACACAUCAGGGCUCUCCAGAGGGUCGUGAGGUCUGCACAACACAUCACUGGGGGAAAACCACCUACCCUCCAGGACACAACACCCGAUGUCACAGGAAGGCAAAAAAUAUGAAGGACAAUAACCUCCCGAGCCACUACCUGUUCACCCCGCUUCUAUCUAGAAGGGGAGGUGCAUGAGCGCUGGGACAGAGCGCUUGAAAAACAGUUCUCAAAGCCGUCAGAUUGUUAAACAGCCAUCACUAGCACAGAGGCGUUUGCCUACCUACGGACUUGGUAUCAUUGGCCAUUUUAAGUGGGACACUAGUCACUUAAAUAAGGCCGCAUCUCACAUUACUCAUCUCAUAUGUAUAUACUGUAUUCUUUAUGAUCUAUUGCAUCUUAGCUGCUCUCACUGCUCAUCCAUAUUUUGUUCUUUUAUAUAUUAGAGGUCGACCGAUUAUGAUUUUUCAAUGCCGAUACCGAUUUAUUGGAGGACAUGUAUGUAUAUAUAUAAUACUUUUUUUAUAAUAUAUAUAUCAUACACACAUUUUUGUAAUGACAAUUGCAACAAUACUGAAUGAACACUUAUUUUUACUUAAUAUAAUACAUAAAUACACGCACACAGCUCUGAAGUGACAAUGAUACUGAAGAGUCUGCUUAGGAGACAAAUACUCAACUGUUUGAAUAAAAAUAGAGUAAGUUACCUGUGAUGAAUGUUGAAAACAAACUUUGAUUUCUAUAUGCAGGAAAUCCUAUUUUAAUAAUGGGCAUGGUAAGAAUUGACAACCAAAGUGCGAGUCAUAAUUCCCAUGACACCUUUUUAGCAAAAUCCGAAAAGCGGUUCCUUCAAUUAUUGCAUAGGAUCAUUUUAGAUUCGCUUAAAAAAAGGUCUGUUUCGUGUAGGCUUACAUCACCGUGCCAAUUUUAUAACUGCGUAGAUAUCCAUAGGACAAGGUAACUGAUCAAUAUUGGCUAAAUUAUAAGCGAAGAUAAAAACAUUUGUAGAGUGGAUUUAUGAAAAUAUGUUGACAAACGUUACCUUAUCCUAGUGAGAUUUACACGGGUAUCAAAACGUUGAGGCGGUGUAAGCCUGCAUGAAACACAGACCUUAUUUGAAGUAGAUCAAGACACUCUAUGGAAGAAAUGAACGGUAAAAUAACGAAGGAACCCCUGUCAAGUUCAGCCGCAACUUAUUACAGGAAUUAUAAAGCGUUGACUAUUUCUCUCUAAACCAUAUACCUUUGACUAAUCCAGAAACUAUCACCUCGAAAACAAAAUGUUUAUUCCGUUCCGUAUUUUAUCUAACGGGUGGCAACCAUGAGUCUAAAUAUUCCUGUUACAUUGCACAACCUUCAAUGUUGUCAUAAUUACGUAGAAUUCUGGCAAAUUAGUUCGCAAAGAGCCAGGCGGCCCAAACUGUUGCAUAUACCCUGACUGCAUGCAAGGAACGCAAGAGAAAUGACACAGUUUUGCCUGGUUAAUAUUGCCUGCUAACCUGGAUUUCUAUUAGCUAAAUAUGCAGGUUUAAAAAAUAUACUUGUGUAUUGAUUUUAAGAAAGGCAUUGAUGUUUAUGGUCAAGUACACAUUGGAGCAAUGACAGUCAUUGAUUGUUUUUUAUAAGAUAAGUUUAAUGCUGGCUAGGCAGGCUCCUCGUGUAGUGCAAUGUAAUCAGGUGUUAGAGCAUUGGACUAGUUAACUGUAAGGUUGCAAGAUUGGAUCCCCCGAGUUGACAAGGGGGAUCCCCUGAACGAGGCAGAACGUUCCUAGGCUGUCAUUGAAAAUAAGAAUGUGUUCUUAACUGACUUGCCUAGUUAAAUAAAGAUGUAAAAAAAAUCGUAAAAUUGGCGCCCAAAAAUACCGAUUUCCGAUUGUUAUGAAAACUUAAAAUCGGCCCCGAUUUAAAUCGGCCAUUCCGAUUAAUUGGUCGACCUCUAAUGUGUGUAUAUAUAUAUAUUCCUUUACUAGAUUGUAUUAGGUUUUGUUGUGGAAUUGUUAGAUACUGUCGACUCUAGACGCAUAAGCAUUUCGCUACACUCGCAUUAACACCUGCGAACUGUGUGACCAAUAAAAUUUGAUUUGGCUUUUAUUUUUCUAAUUAUGUUGGUAAUCAGUUUAUAAUGGCAAUAAAUCACCUUGGGUUUGUGGUAUAUGGCCAACAUAACACGGCUAAGGUCUGUAUCCAGGCACUCCGCUUUGCAGCAUUGUGAAGUUCUUAAUUACACUUUGGCUGGUGUAUCAAUACACCCAGUAACUACAAACAUAAACGUCCUUCCUAACUCUGUUGCCUGAGAGGAAGGACACCGCUCAGGGAUUUCACCAUGAGGCCAAUGCUGACUUUAAAACAGAGUUUAAUGGCUGUGAUCGAACUAAGGCUGGGUCAACAUUGUAAUUUCUACAGAAUACUAAAAAUACAGUGAAAAGAAGGAAACAAAAUGGACUAGAGCUAGGCACAGGCUAGAGGUACACCUGGUUCAGUCUGCUUUCCAACAGACACUGGGAGACAAAUUCCCCUUUUCAGCAGGACACUGACCUAAAACACAAGGCCAGAGCUACACGAGUUGCUUACCAGUUAGCUAAUUUUCCUCCACCAGCUGUAAUGUCAAUACCGUUGUAAAGCAUAAUUUCUCCCCUUUCCAACAAAAUCAAUUACAUGACCUAAACACUGCAUAAUUCAAGCAGGCAAUGAGCCCCGUCGGGUCUUUUUAAAAAUGGCGGGUGGGGAAGCGAAACUAAUGCGUGGUAGUGAGAUGUCGUGUGGUAAAAUUACUUUUACUCGAUCUGUCCAACUUAUCACUUUAUCGCCUCUAAAAUGUAAAUGAAACGCUAAAGAGUUUAUAUAAUGUGUCAUUACAUACCUAUUUGAAGGUUUGUUUCAAAUUUGAAUCGUGUUUUUAGGGCGGUGCUAAAGUGAUCUUAUAAGUAAACAGCGGCUUUGAGAAUGAUGAUCGCAUGCAAUGAUGACAAAAAAAUUACUAGGUAUCCCCCUUACCCCCGUCACUGUCCAUUUCUUGUUUUUAAAAGAUGAGAGAAGUGCUACACCUGGUGGAGAGAGAUUGUAAGACAGAAAUAGUUGCUUUAUGCGUGCUGUACGUUACGACAUGACAUGUCAAGAUGUAACGGAGGGUCAGGUUUUUCAACUCUUCUCCAAUACUAUAGAUCAUUACCAUGUCGAUCAACGUGUAACAGUAUAACUUUAAACCGUCCCCUCGCCCCGACCCGGGCGCAAACCAGGGGCCCUCUGCAUACAUCAACAACUGACACCCACGAAGCGUCGUUACCCAUCGCUCCACAAAAGCCGCGGCCCUUGCAGAGCAAGGGGCAACCACUACUUAAUGUCUCAGAGCAAGUGACGUAACUGAUUGAAAUGCUACUAGCGCGUACCCGCUAACUAGCUAGCCAUUUCACAUCCGUUACACUCACCCCCCUUUCAACCUCCUCCUUUUCCGCAGCAACCAGAUGUGAUCCGGGUCAACAGCAUCAAUGUAACAGUAUAACUUUAAACUGUCCCCUCGCCCCGACACGGGCUCGAACCAGGGACUCUCUGCACACAUCAACGACGGUCGCCCACGAAGCAUCGUUACCCAUCGCUCCACAAAGGCCACGGCCCUUGCAGAGCAAGGGGCAACCACUACUUAAUGUCUCAGAGCAAGUGACAUAACUGAUUGAAAUGCUACUAGCGCGUACCCGCUAACUAGCUAGCCAUUUCACAUCCGUUACAAACGCUUGAAUAGAAACCUAGCUCACACCCCCGAUUUUGAAGUGAACACAGUUGCUACAGUCCCGUUAGUUUUCUCUUUAGCCUCGUUUGAAUGUCGCGGUUACGCACAUUUGUACGGAAUAGGGUGAGUUUACGUUAGCUGGCCACUGACUUUUUUCUUUUUCCUUUUUUUUAUUGAAACGUAUGUAAAUUAGGUUGAGGUUUCAAAAAAGUAAUAUUUACACAUUUUGUGGGACACGCUGUAUAUUGUAAAAUUCGACUGCGCGACAGACCACACCAUUUAAUAUCCAACUUUUUACUUUAUUUAUUCAUACUAAUUUGUUAGUAUUAAACUGGGAUCUACUUUCUCAAAACAAUAUUAAUCUGAAACUAAUAAUGAGACAUUUGGUUACAACACGGAAGAUGUUGGUGAAGAACCAUUUUGUAAGAGUCUACAGGAGGGCACACCGGGCUACGCAAUGAAAAGUUGACAGGCCAGUCUUUUUUUUUUUGUACUGGAAGGCUAGCCAACUAGUGAACACUUCGGAUAUGAGGUUGGUGUCUUUUUUUAAAACAAAAUUUAUCGGAUAUAUCUUGUAAUUGAGCAAAAUGGUAAGGUGGCCAAUAACUGGGGGCCGUAUGCCGACAAUACGGGACGUAUUUUUUUUGCUAAACCGCUUAUAAAAAAAGCUGAUAGUAUGUUUGACAUUGCUAACCCGUUAGCAAACAUUUUUACGACACCAAUAAUCACAGAUCAUUGAUGGCCUGAUCACAAGAUAACACUGUUAGUAAUAUAUUUCUUAAACGCUGAAUUUGCCGAUAAUACGGGGUGCUACGGUACAGUUUUGACUUAAAUCGUCGUGAAAAUUCUAUGGUAAGACUUGACAAUGGCAAUGAUCAACAACCAACUGACAGAGCUGGAAUAUUUUUAUUUUGCAAAUAUUGUACAAUCCAGGUGUGCCAAGCUCUUAGAUUUACCCAGAAAGACUCACCGGUUUUAUCGCUGCCAAAUGUGAUUGUAACAUAUUUUGGCUCAGUGGUGUGAUUUACUUAUGUAAAUUAAUUUCUGUUUAGAAUUUUUAAUAGAUUUGCCAAAAAUUGUAGAACAUGUUUUCACUUUGUCAUGAUGGGUUAUUGUGUGUAGAUGUAUGAGGUCAAUGUAGAGUUUAGGCUGUAACAAUGGGGAAUAAGUCAAAGGCUAUAUACUGUAGCGACCCGCACAGACUGUUGUGUGUUAGGCUAGGAGGUGGUUGUUGUACUUCUUACCAGUACCCAGUGUUCAUGGGGUCCGACAUGCCAAUCAACCUGCUAUCUGCCAAUCACGGGAAUGCCUGGAAUGUUCUGAUGCCGGGCAUCUUGGCGGAGUGGCGUGGAGGGGGGUUGGGCAGGGGGAUGGAGCAUUGGAAGUUAAGACCGGGUUUAGCCUUUGUUCUCUCUCACGUCUGGCCUUCACAGGAGAAGGUCACGGUUGGCUUGUGGGUUCUUUCAUUUAUUUGGCCAAACAGUAGCCUGGGUAAAGUGGGUUAAUAAACCGUCAAUUCGUGAACUCAA